UGAACGUAACCGACGCAAGGCCGGGACGGAGUGGGUUCGUUCGUGACAUGGCAUCGUUGGACCGUGUGAAGGUAUUGGUGUUGGGGGAUUCAGGAGUUGGGAAAUCAUCUCUUGUCCAUUUGUUUUGCCACAACCAGGUAUUGGGCAAUCCAUCAUGGACUGUUGGAUGCUCUGUAGAUGUGAGGGUUCAUGACUAUAAGGAAGGCACACCAGCUGAGAAAACCUACUACAUUGAAUUGUGGGAUAUUGGUGGAUCUGUGGGCAAUGCCAGUAGCAUUAAAAGCACUAGAGCCGUAUUUUAUAACUCCGUGAAUGGUAUAAUAUUAGUGCACGACUGUACUAACAAAAAGUCAUCUCAGAAUCUGUAUCGGUGGUCAUUAGAGGCUUUGAAUAAGGAUUCCACUCCUACUGGAGUCAUAGUGGCAAAUGGGGACUAUGAUCGGGAGCAAUUCGCAGAUAAGCAGAUUCCAUUGUUGGUCAUUGGAACAAAGUUGGACCAAAUUCAUGAAACUAAGAGGAAUGAGGUGUUGACGAGGACUGCAUUCUUGGCAGAGGAUUUCAAUGCUGAGGAAAUUAAUCUGGAUUGUACCAAUCCACGAUAUUUAGCUGCAGGAUCUUCCAAUGCUGUGAAAUUGAGUCGGUUUUUUGAUAAAGUUAUAGAAAGGAGGUAUUUUUCACGUGAUGGUAAUCAGAUUCCUGGUUUUGCUGAUCGAAAACGUUUUGGAACAGCAGGUGCAUUGAAGGUUCUUCAUUAUGAUUGAGCAGAACUGCCAGUGGCUGACAGUAUGUGGAAGCAAAAGUUCAUCUCUCAACAUCUUUAUUGUUAAUUAUCUUGAGGAAAGGAAUUGUGCAUUGCUUUUGCUUUUUAUAAAAUAUUGAGUGAUCGGAGAGUAUUAAGAGGAUAUUGAAAUAUUUAAAUUUCUAAGGAGAUAAAUGAAUUCUUUUUAAUAUCAGGAUCAUUGGUUUCCUUUUCAACAAAUACAUAUUUCAGACUCCAGUUUGGAAUACCAAACACACGUGGAAGUGACUGUACAUUGUACUCCUCUUCCAAGAUUCUGUUCUAUUCAAUGGAGCUGAAUUUUGGAAACCAAUUACAGGACAAAAUUCUUGAUCUCCAAUCUGUAAAUUACAAUUCAUGUGGAUAAUGUAUACUCCUUAAGGUGGCAACUUUUUAGUAUCUAAAUGAAUGGUGCCAUGAAGUGAUAAAUAGUAUAGAACUUGGUUUCAAAUGAGGUAAAUACUAUCUAACUAUGUCAGCUAGUAGGCAUGUAAAUUUGAAGAUGCAUGUAAAUUUAAAAAUUUUAACAAAUGUACAAAUCCCUUUCAUAUGGAAAUAAAAAUAAAAACAUAGGAAGAUGGACUAUUUAUUUUUAAACAGUGAAAGAAAGGUGUUGGUGUUCAGAAGAACCAGGGUGCUCAUGUACAUGAAUGACUGAAAAUUUAAUAUGCAGGUUCAGUAAGCAAAUAAAAAGGAGAAUGGUGUGCUAGCCUUCAUUCAAAUAGAUUUUAGUAAAUGAGUUGAAAUGUCCUGUUUCAACUGCAUCUGGAAUGGUCUUUCUACCUAAGGAAAGGAUAUACCCGUAACUGAGGGAGUACAGUAGAGUAUUGCCAGAUUGGAUGGUAGGUUCAUUGUAUGAGGGGAAGUUAAGCAGACCUGGCCUGAACUCUUGAAUUUAGAAGAAACAAAAAGUGCGCUUUUUAUAUAUACGAAAUUCUUAUGGGCUCAACAUGGUUGAUGCAGGGAUGAUGUUUACCCCUGGCUGGGUUUAGACGAGGGGUCACGGUCUCAACAUUCAAGGUCAAGGGUGACAAUGAAACAAUUUCUUCACUCACUGCUGAAUUUUUGGAAUUUUCUGUCCAAGAGGCCUAUGGAGGCUCAAUAGCUGAGUAUAUUCUUGACUGAGAUUGAAUAAUUUUAGAUAUUAAAGUAAUUAUUGGGUUAUUCCUGGAAAGUGGUUGUGUGGUAAAAGAUCAGCCAAAAUCUUUUAGAAUGGAGGAGCAGGCAUGAGUGGGACUGAUGGCUACUCUUACUUCUGCUUUUCUUAUGUAACUGCCCUUGCAUUUAACUUAAAACAGUUUUCAUGUGUUUCUGCCAAAGCCUGUUGCCGUAUUUAUCCAGAAUUACCUCAAGUCAUUCGGUCAUUAUUGCCAAGGGACCAGUAACACUCAAUAAGUGUUCAUCAGGUGUUGUCAGCUGAGAAAAGGGAGAAACAUCUCUUAUGAGUACCAGAGAUAUUUUUGAUCACUAGUAAGCAACCAAAGCUUAUAGACCACUGAAUGCAAACUAUUUGAUGAAUAUUCUAUUUAUACAUGUACACAUGUAUUGUUUUAACUUAUGCCUUGGGCAAUGAACAAACAUUCAAUCAACUAACUGUCUCCUUGGGUAGACUUGAAUUACUUUAGUAUUACUCUGGUAUUACUUGAAUUACUCUACUAUUAAGAUACUAGAGCAAAGUAUUAUCUGAAGUAUUUGCUUUACUUAAUAAGCAAAGAUGCUGUUAAAUCAUGCCCACUAAGUGCCAGUGUUCAGUAGAUUUACAUCUAUUGCAUUUUGUAUGAAGUAAAAAAGUCAAAGCUGUGAAUCUCAGGAAUUUCUUUUACUCUUGAAUUUCUACUACUUUCAACUGUUUUACCAAACUGCCAGAUUUUCAGUCUUGCAAGUAGGUAAUAUGUUUGGACAAUGGGACCACAAUAAUUAACACUGAAACUGCAAAUCGAGUUGAUUCUUUAGCAGGGCAAUACUUGUUCUUGUAAUAUUAUUUUAUUUUGCUUUUCUUUUCAAGAUCACUUUAACUUUACAUUGGUAGACACUACUCGUGUAACUUUCUUUCAGUAGGCUUCUAUUGUAACAUGUAAAAGUUUGUUAUUAAUGUGCUUGUACUUUGAAUGAAUAGAUGAAGAAAUCACUCAAUACAUUUGUAACUGUGGUAUAUGAUUCAAAUUUGUUUUAUAAAAAUUAGUAGCAGAAAGUUCAAAUUUUAAAAUUUGCCACACUUGUGUAAGAGAUGAUUUCAAAAAUUUGCUAAAUA